ACUUAUGUCAACGACGUUGGUGGUAGCUACGUGUUUAUUCAGGGUUCGCUAUCGAGGUAGUUAUCUGCUGUCAAAUUGCACCCCGAGUGUCUCAUUGUACACGAAGGCUACGUGGGUACUGCACGCACAGAACGUACAGACACCAUUCCACGUACAAUUUUAUUUCGAGUAACUCACCAAGUCCGACUCUCAUUCUCAUGCCAGACUUACUCGGUUAACGUAACAGCCUUUGAGUGUAACAAUCUGAAAAAAAAAAACGAAUUUUCGAGGAACUUAUUGUGGCAGAUAAUUAUGAUCGAACGAGUCGACUUCAUACUUCAAUUGAUAUUAAUUAACUUAAUUAUAAUUAAGUGUGUUCAAAUGGAUAUUUAACUCAAUAUCAAACCAUUGAUAACUCUAAUUAAUUCUAGUUAAAUAUUCCAGCAAAAAAAAGUUAAUUCUUAUUUAAGUGUCUCGUUUAAAAAAAAAUUCUUACAUAAUAUGUUGAUUUGCGUGAUGUAAUCAGUGUAUCUUAACAGUGUUGUUUAUUAUUCUGAGAAGUUCUAAAUAACAGUUCGACUACAAAGAUAAUGAGACAUGUAGAUAAUGACUGAAAAUUAAACAUUACGUACGUAUGCAAUACAUAUGCAACGUUUAUUAACUUACGAGAUACUCUAGAUAUUAUUAAUUUCCGAACGCAACUGGUUGUUUAUCACUCUUGGAAUUAGCGUUAACGAUUACUUGCAUAAAGAUUGCAUCUUAAACUGUAAUAACUUUUCUUGAUAAUGACACAUCAUGAAAGUGAAUUCAAUACUUGGUGUUUUAUCGCUCAUCAUUAUUCCGGUAUUAACUGACAAGAGAAAUAUUAUGAAGAAUUUCAAAGUGGAAUCCUGGAUUUCAACCGAAAAUUUUACGACAAUGGUUAAGAAAUCGUUUCUCUACUCCAAAUGUUGCAAUAUUUUUUUAAGUGACUCGAUUUACGUGGAAGUACUAUUUCAUCAAUUUGUCAAUAUUUAUCCGUACGAAUAUCUUCUACAUAGAAUGCUGUAUGGCUGUCAAGGAUAUUUCUUGCUGGGAUCGAGGGAUAAGGAAAUAGAACAGAUUAUGCAAAGAGUACCUUCGUCCAUUUCAACGACUGAAAUUCUUGUCAUCAUCGAUGGUGAAUUGAAAAAUACUUCGAAACUUUUUAAUGUCUCUUUAUACGGAAAUUCCAAUGCGAAUAUUGUAUCAAGAUCCGGAAUUUGGACCUUAUCGGAAAACUAUUUGGAACCAAGAUUUUUUCUAAAAGUAAACAGUUACGAGGAGCUCAUGUCUGAAUUCACUACGGUUAAUAUGAGAGGUAGAGAACUACAAGUAUGUACCUUUUAUCGGCCACCCUUUACCUACCUCAAUCAAACAACGAAGAAAAUAAUUAACGGCGUUGAGAAAGAGAUCUUCCUAGCAGAUAAUGAUAAUGAAAAGGAUGGAAUAGAAAUGAAACUGUUUCUGGUCAUAGCGGAAAAGUUGAAUUUUACUUGGACAAUACACAAGAUAUCAGGAGAGGAAAGGUACGGUCGGCGCGUAAAUGGCACAAAUUAUGGUGGCGGCGUCAUCCAACUUGUACAAGAGAAAAAGAUUGAUUUAGCAUUCGGAAGUAUCUGGUUAACGCAGAAUCACAACGAAUUCGUAAAUAUGACCACACCGUGGAUUCAGAUGUUUAUACAUUUUUUGGUACCGCGACCACAACCAGUCACCAAUUUCUGGGCGCUUACAAGACCUUUCUCAAUAGAAUGUUGGAUUCUUGUAAUAGUCAUGUUAUUCGUUGAAAGCAUAUAUAUGUAUACACGUGCUAGAAUUGAUCCGAAAUUUCCAAAACGUUUUCGGAGCAUUUUCGGUGUGAUUACGGAAUUGAUCGGUCGUUUAGUGGGUGCGUGGAUGCCGAGAAAUACCGCGAAUGCUAGGUUCGAAUUGCAUUUAUGGCAAACUACAGGAUUUCUGUUAGUAACUGCAUACUGUAGCAGUCUUGCAGCAAGACUUACAAGUUUGGAAUAUGAGGACAGAAUCGAUACGGUACGUCAAUUUCUUGAAGCUAACUUAUCGUGGGGUCAUUUGGGGGAAGAGCCAUAUUGGUCUGACUACUUUGACUUGAAUGAUCCUUACAUGAGUCAGAUGCCGACGAGAUAUAUACGCGUGACUGGUCAAGAGGAAUAUGUAUAUAAAUUAAUUGAGCAGAAGAAAUUUGCAAUUUUCGGGAGAAUCGUAGACUCGAUCUUCUUUCCUGAUGAUGCAAUCUUCAACGAUCAUGUUAAAGGUCAGAGAAUCAUGAAAGAAAAAGUGGGCAACUACUAUACAUCCUUUGCGGUCCAACCGUGGCUGUUACGACCUAUUGACACGGUAACGCUCUGGUUGAAGGAGUCAGGCAUUGCUCGCUUUCAUCUCAGCGACGUUAUUCACCGAAGAGCCAGUCUUAGUCUUCGCGAAGUUGUCAAGGAAUACGAUGGUCUCAAUACGAGUUACAUAACCCUCGGACUGACACCAUUAGGUGCCGGAUUUUCAGCGCUCAUCGUUGGCCUCCUAGCAUCUACACUGGUAUUUAUAUAUGAGUUGAAACAAGCUGCUGAUUCACGACCGAUUCGCGAGGUGUUUCGAGAUAUUCAAAAGAAACGAGAGAUGUACAAGACUCAUAAAAGAAAAUAUUGGAGAGAAACUGAGCUAACAGAUCACAAUUCAAGCUACAGAAGUUUCGACUCAUUUGUAAUAAAGUCUACCAGUCAUACAACAAGUACUGAAUUUGCGCGAAAAUCUAAUGACGAGAUUUUUCAUAUAAAUAAUUUAUAUAAUAUGUAAAUAUAUGUAAAGUGUUAUUAAUUUUUUUAUUUUAUAGAAUAUUAAAUUAACAUUAAAUAUAUUGUUACGCCCGUGCUUCGCGGUGUCGGCCGAGCAUAAGUUGCGCCGACUGAAAUCGUCCGCGGAAGCGGACAAGGGAGAGUUGCUCCCUUAGCAACGUGUUGUUUGGCGGGACUCUGAGAUUAACGCGAGUUUGACAUUUACUCUUUGGUGUAUUAAGUGUUAAUAAAUCAUUGCAAUUCUUUUGUAAUCGAGUGUGUUGCUCUUUUCCGCGCGAGCUCGCAAGUAUCUUUGCCGCAGGCGCGAGUGCAACAGUGAGCGCGAGCGUAACAAUAUUGUAUAUGCAAUGCUUAU